UGCCUGUUUGAUUUGUUGUCACUUACACAUCGAGUUUCUCCAGUUUUAGCUCCAUGCUUAUAACUUUAAUCCACUUUUAGCCCGGCUGUUAUCCCUCAUUGAUAUCUGUGAUCAGUGUGAUGGGAAGCCCUCGGUAGGUUCAGUCUUUGUCAGUGUGUGUUUGUGUCUGCAGGCAUGUAGGGAGGAAUGGAUGCACACAGGAACAGUUAGGUAAGCUGGGUGUCGACAGGUGAGAACAAAACGGGACUACACCUUCACGGUUCUUCUUCGCUUCCCGCCGCCUUUCCUCCUGGGUUCACCCGCUGCUGCUGCCCCAUCGCCGGAUCCUCUUCUGCCCUCACCUCGGUGGAAGAAUGUCGGAGGAAAAAACGGAUAUUCCCAACGAACUGCUCGAGAGUGUGCGGGAGGCGGUCGGUCGGAGGGUGAAGCUGACCCUGAGGAGGAAAGUCCAGCUGGAGGUCAAAGGUGACAAAGUGGAGAACAGAGUUCUGGCGUUGGCGUCACAUCGAGCCUACCUGCUGACAGCCAGAGUUCCUUCUAAAGUCGAACACUCUUUCAGCUACCUGGAUAUCCAGGGGAUCAGCAGCAACAAGCCCAACCAGUUGGUGUUGGAGUACGAGCGCGGACCAUGGAGCCUUCGGCUAAGUUCACAGGAGGAGGUGGACAAGGUGAUCGCUCACAUCGGCAGCCAUCUGCACCGGAUCUGUCCGGCAGCGUCACCUGUAAAGGUGAUGAAGAAGCUGAGUCUGAAGCCUGCAGAGAGGACGGCGGCGCUGCAGGCCAUCUGGGAUGAACAGAGCUCGGCUGAUCUGGGACCCUGCGGUGGAUUUUCUCACCAGUACUGGUCUAUGUGUGACUAUCUGGGUCUGCCCUACAGAGAGGAGGUCCAGUGGGAUGUAGACACCAUCUAUCUGACCCAGGACAGCCGAGAGCUCAACCUGCAGGACUUUGUUCACCUGGAGAACAGAGACCUGGUGGCGAUCAUCGCGGCACUGGAGUAUAACCAGUGGUUCACCAAACUCUCCACUAAAGACUACAAACUGUCGACAGAUGUGUGUGAUCAGAUCCUUCGAGUCGUGGCUCGAUCAAGCCGUCUGGAGGAGCUUCUGCUGGACAACGCUGGUCUCAAAAGUGAUUUUGCUCAGAAACUGGCAAGCGCUUUGUCACAUAACCCCGCCUCCUCGCUUCACACCCUCAACCUGAGCAACAACUCACUGGAAGACAAAGGUGUUUCUGCUCUGAGUGCUCAGCUGUCCAAACUACCCAUGGGUCUGAAACACCUGAACCUGUCCAGGACGUCUAUGUCUCCUAAAGGUGUGAACAGUCUCUGUCAGGCUUUGUGUAACAACCCAGCCGUCUCCACCGCCCUCACACACCUGGACCUGUCAGGAAACUCGCUCAGAGGAGACGACCUGCCGAACCUUCACAGCUUCCUGAGUCACCCCAACAUGGUUCAGACUCUAGAUCUGUCCAACAGUGACGUCUCUCUGGAUCAGGUGUGUGCAUCUCUGCUCAGAGGAUCUUUGAAGCAUCUCUCUGUCCUAAACCUGUCUAAGGCCGUCUUCUCUCACAGGAAGUGUAAAGAGAUCCCUCUGUCUUUUAAGCAGUUCUUCAGCAGCGCUCUGUCUCUGACCUCUGUCAGUCUGUCAGGGACCAGACUUCCUCUGGAGGCACUCAAGGGAUUGCUGUUGGGUCUCGGCUGUAACCCAAACCUCAGCGAUGUGUCUCUGGAUCUCAGCUGCUGUGAGCUACGAUCAGGGGGAUCUCAGAUCCUGGAGGGCUGCAUUGCUGAGAUCCCGAACAUCACCAGUCUGGACAUCUCUGACAACAGUCUGGACAUGGAUCUGACCACACUGCUCGUCUGGUUGGCUAAAAACCGGUCAAUCCGACACCUUUCACUGGGCAAAAACUUCAACAAUAUCAAGUCAAAAAAUGUCGCUCCGGUCCUCGACAACCUGGUUCACAUGAUCCAGGAGGAAGACUCUCCACUGACGUCUCUGUCGUUGGCUGACUCUAAGCUGAAGGCUGACCUUUCCAUCAUCCUCAAUGCCCUGGGCAGCAACACGUCUCUGACCAAGCUGGACAUCAGCGGGAACGCCAUGGGAGAUAUGGGCGCCAAGAUGCUGGCUAAAGCCCUGCAGAUCAACACCAAGCUCAGAACGAUCAUGUGGGACAGGAACAACAUCAGCCCUCAGGGUCUGCAGGACAUUGCCGCUGCUCUGGAGAAGAACUACACCAUCCGUUUCAUGCCCAUCCCCAUCAUGGAUGCCGCUCAGGCUCUGAAGGCAAACCCGGAGAAGACAGAGGAUGCUUUACUGAAGAUGGAGCAGUAUCUACUGAGGAACCACGAGACGAGGAAAUAUCUGCAGGAGCAGGCAUACCGACUACAGCAGGGGAUUGUUACCACGACGACGCAACAGAUGAUGGACAUGAUGUGUGUGAAGGUCCAGGAUCAUCUGAACUCGCUGAGGUUCUCUGAGAGCAGCUCGGUCCAGGACGACAUGAAGGCGGCCGAGAACCUGAUGAAAGACGCCAGAAACUCCAAGACGCUGCUGCCGAACCUGUACCACCUGAAGAGCGGGGGGUUGAGGGGGGCGUGUGUCGAAGCCAUCCAGGACAAACUAGAGUCAAUGGCCGGAGAGGUGGCGAGGGUGAUGGACGAGCAAUUGCAGACGAUGCUGGUGUCGAUGGUGGAUGCCGCCGAGGGUCUGUGUCCUCACGUGAUGAAGAGGAGCGGUCUGCAUCAGGAGCUGCUGAAGGCUGGUGCAGGGAGGAUGAGCGUCCCUCGAAGCUUCAUCACCACCACGCUGCUGGAGCAGAGCGGGGUGGACAUCAUCAAUAAGAUCAGCGAGGUGAAGCUCAGCAUGGCGUCUUUCUUGUCUGAUCGCAUCGUGGAUGAGAUCCUGGAGUCUCUGUCGAAAUCCCAGCACACUUUGACUGACCACCUGACCAGGAAGUCUCAGCCUCUGCUGCAUCAGGAGCCUCAGGUGGAGACAGAAGUUCUGGACGAGGAGGUCCUGCAGCCUGAGAACAACCAUGAGCAGAGACAGGAGCGGGACAAGGUCCAUAAACUGGAGGACAUGGACACGUGCACGAUGACGCCUAAAUCAAAGAGGAAGAGUAUUCUGGUCCGGAUGCUUCGGCCCGUCUCUGUGGCGUUUGAGAUGGAGUUUGACCUGGACAAGGCUCUAGAGGAGGUCCCUAUCCAUGUGGAGGACCCUCCCCCUCCCUCGGCUUUAAAGCCCGUAGACAGGUCGUCCUCCUACUACGGAGACCUCCCCCCUCCUCCCACUUCUAUGGAUUCAUCAGCUGUAUGUCUUGGCGAGCUGCCACCCGUCGAGCACAAGACUCUGGAGCAUCGUACCAAACUCAGACCAAAACCUAAGAAGAGGACCAAACCUAGCCGGCCUCACAGGAAGGCUGACACCGGCAUUUCAGCCCCUCAUGAGUCGGAGCAGAAUAGCAUCAUGGGAAAGAUUGACGAGGGGCUUGACGACUUCUUCUCCAAGAAAGUAACCAAACUGAGCUUCAAACUCCCCAGUAUGAAGGGUCUGUCUUCCAGCUCUCAGGAAGCUCCAGAUAAGAAACGUGAAUCCAGAAAAUCCGGUUUCUUCAACCUCCUAAAAAACCGAACCUCACGCUCAGAGAAGAGCCACGGAGUCGCCACCAUCACUCCCCCUCAUCCUGCCUCCCCCACCCCUGCACCGCCAACCUCCUCUAUCAGCCCGGUGACUGAGGAGGCUCCCCCCACAUCGCCCCCUCCUGGCCCUGCUGUAGAGCCUCAUCGGGAGCUCCUCAGGGCUACGUCCUCAGACCUCCCUGACUCUGAAAUGGAGGCUCCUCUGAAGAUGGCUGAACCUGCUGAGGAGGAGAAGGAAGAGAACGUCCCAGAGGAAGACGUGGAGAAUGAGAAUACAGAGAGGAAGGAAAACCCACUCAUCCCCCGACAUAUUGGUAUUCCUGUGAUGGGCAUGGACCUGAUGGCUGAGAUGAAGGCCAGGCAGGAAAGGAUGGCGGCUAAGAAGUCUGAGUCAUUGUGCCUGCAGGAUAAGGUGGAGGGUGACACUGAAAAGUCAGACGUCCAUCCUGCUGUAGCACCAAACUCAGACGAGCCUAAACCAGAGCCAGCUCCCCGGUCAAAGCCUCCCAGCAUCACCCCCAAACCUCCUCCACCUCAGGCCAUCAAACCCCCACUGGGGCCCAGAACAUCAGGACCCCUCAGUUCAACCAGUCCAACAAAUCCAGUCAGUCCACCCAGUCCAACCAAUCCAACCAGUCUGAUCAGUACUUCCAGUCCAACCAGCCCAACAAAUCCAACUAGCCCAACCAGUCCGACCAGUCCCAGACCGAGCAGCUCUUUCAUUGAUGACUCCUCUGAGGCUCCAGCAACCAGCUCGUCUCCUAAAGGACCUCUUCCUGCUCCUCGUCUGAAGAGGGCGCCAUCUGAGCAGGAGAGAGAGAGCACCAGCAGUGAGCCGUCAGGCCCCCUGUCUCCAUUAGAGGUCCAGUCUCCCGUAGAUGGAGAUGCGUUCGAGUCGCCCACUGUGGCGGUUGAGCCUGGUGUUGGAGGACGUCAGUGGUCGUCUCUGAAGCGGUCAGCCAGUCCUCCUGAAGAGAGGGAGGAUGACCGAGAGCGAGCAAAGUCCCUCCCUGCCUACGUGAGCCCUCCAUCAGCGACAGACGCAGACGCCAGUCCAGCAGAGGAGGAGACGGCGUCUUCAGCCGAUUAUUUAAAGUCUGAUAACAAAUCAGAGGACGAGUCUGAUGACACGCCGUCAGUCUGAGACCAAAGGUGUGGUCAGUCCUGCUCGAUGGUCGCCUGUGCCCAGAAACAUUCAUGGUGGUCGAUCACAUAGAAACCGUUUUAGAUCCUCCUUGUACCUCUAUGACUCAUUAUUAAUGAACGUGGAGACUGUUCGAUCUCUCCUACUGGCAUCGUUGGAGUUUCCUGACCUUGGAUGGAUGCAAAAACAUCUCUCAAGCAUCAGUUUUACCAUACAGAGAGCAGACGGUUUUAUCUGCUCUCAUCUAGCUCUGUCAACAGUUAACCAUCAUUUUUUAAGAAGAUGCCAAAAUCAGCAGCAGCUGGUUUCACAAAAUCAACAUGCCAAAGAGAAAUCCAACUUUCUUCCUCCCAAAGCCAGUAAAGAUAUAAAUCCUCAUCAUACUGACCUUCAAUGUUAGCUGGUUUCCUGCUGAAAGUUUUACACAGUUGGAGUGAAAACCCUGCAGAUAAACCGUUACCUAAAGCCUCAUUCAUGCCCUGCCUUUAAUACGGAUCCACACUAAGCAUGUUAUAUUAAAGCUAUCAAAUACAACCUAAACGCUGCAGUACCACCACCAACAGAGAAGCAAAGCACAACAAAUGUCUGUAUGAGACAGCGCCCUCUAGUGGAUUAAUGGUGAGCAUGUGGGCAGUGACAGCUGAUUUGUUUUAAAGCGCACAGAUCUGAUUUGGUACGUAAAGAGAACAUAAAUGAGCCUUAAAGCCUCCUAUGAAAGUGUUAUUUAAUAAAAAACUAAAUUAGAUCAGUAGAAUUUGAAGCCAUAAAUAUAUUAUCAUUCAGAACUAUGCAGAUAAUCGUUAUUUCCCUAAGCAGGGAUUUAUAGGGUAUAUGCAUCAUGUUUUUGUGUCGUCUCUGUGUAGUUUUCAUCUCCAUCAGCAGACUGAGGUGUUCAUGACAUGACCCUGUCAGUCCAGUUCAGACCAAAGAGUCAUGACCAGACCAGCUGAAACACACAACUGCUGCAGCAGGUCUACAAACCUAUGAUAUAGCAUCCAGUCAGAAUGAGUCAUAGUGGGCUACCACAGCUGACAUUCUGGCUUGUCUAAAACAUAAAAAAGAUGGUAACGCUGUGUUGCUUGGCAACAAGUGAGCUUUAACUGCUGAUAAACAAAUACUGAAGUUUGCAACUCAAUUGAUGCACUUUUACACCACAGGUCACACCCGUACACACACUUUUCACUCACAUUCUCACACUGAUGGUUGAUUUGGAGAACUGGCCAUCAGUCUAGUUCAGGGGUGUCAAACUUAUAUUGAGUCCGGGUCCAGCUUUGCUCCAAUGAGACGUCCUGACUGCCGGACUUGUUAGGCCAGGAGUGUCAAAUCAAUUGUGGAUUCUGAAUUUAGGCCUAACUUUAAAGCCUAACAAUGUCAACAUUUAACCAUUAACUGUCAACUGUCAACCUCAUUUUCACCAGAAGUUAAAUAUAGAUAAAUGAAAACAUAAAUAAAUAAUAAAACUGAUAAUAAAUCAUUCUGAGAUGGAAGAAGUCGAAAUAAGUGUAAAGUCAAAGUUAUUAGUUCAAAAGGUCAAAACACCAAAUUUAAAAUCAAAAUAAUGCUUUUAAUAGGCAAAUAUUUGGGAUAGAAAGUCAAAAUCACAAGUUUAAAAGGUAAAAAUAUGACUUAGAAUUUU